AUGGAUGCGGGUCACUACGAUACGCCAAGGGAAAGGAAUCCCCGAGAGACGGCCAAUGCUCUCUCUAAAUUAUGUUUUUGGUACACGCGUAUGAUUUUCAUAAAGGGGCGCAAAGGGGACCUUAGCAUAUCGGACUUAUACAGGUGCACUCCCGGCCACCGAGCCGCGCCGCGGGGCGAUACUUUGGGCGCCAGGUGGAACGAGGAGCUGAAGAAACAAGACAGCGGGGGAAAAGCUUCGUUACUGUUGGCAAUCACAAAGGAGUACGGUUUCACCUUCAUUGUGGCGAAUUUGGUUUUCUCCGUAAUAGAAAGUGCUGUUAGACUUUCCAUUCCAAUUUACCUCGAGGGUAUGAUAAACUACUUUUCUGUGUCGCAUUCUGGCAUCACAAUCUCCGAUGCUUAUCUCUACGCUGUUGGGGUUGUUGGUCUGCAGCUUUUUAACGCCAUUAUAAUGCACCCAAUGUUCCUUUGGAUGCUGACGCUAAGUAUGAAGUUAAGGGUCGGCUGUUCCUCCCUCAUAUAUAGAAAGCUAUUGCGACUGGAUUUAACAAUAGGCGGCCAAGCCUCUGAAGGCCUAGCUGGCCACGUGGUCAACCUCCUCACAACGGACGCCCAGCGAUUCGACAUGGCAAUAUUGUUCCUCGUGGACCUGUUCCGGGCACCUAUCGAGAGCGCCUUCAUAGUAUACCUAAUGUACAGGCAGAUUGGCGUCGCCACGAUCUUCGGUGUCGCUUACCUUCUGCUAUUUAUACCGUUGCAAGGUUACCUAGGCAAGAUCUCAAGCAACCUCCGCCACAAGACCACCAUAUGCACCGACAAUCGUAUCAGGCUGAUGAAUGAGGUCGUUCAAAGCAUAGAAGCCAUAAAGAUGUACGCCUGGGAAGAAGCCUUCGCCAGGAUUAUCGGUGAAGCUAGAAAGAAGGAAAUGAACGUGCUCAAGAAAAUGUGUUGGCUGCGAACCGUGAUGAUAUCCUGCGUCAAGCUCAACACGAAGGUCGCGAUCUUCUUCAGCAUCCUCGCGUACCUCUUCCUCCAGAACGACCUCACCGCCGCCAAGGUGUUUGUCAUCUUCUACUACUACGAGAACCUCAAGUACACUCUGGUGGACUUCCUGCCGAUGGCCAUAGCGUUUGUCCUCGAAGCGUACGUCAGCGUUAAGAGGAUUCAAGAGUUCCUAUUAUUGCCGGAGGUGAACAAUCAGGACGGUGUCGACUUGUUGGUGAUUAAUGAGGACGGACCUGGCUUGCAGACUAAUGGCAUUUAUGAAAAAGUUAAAACCGAACCACCAGAACAAGAGAAACACGAGCUGAAGAAAAGGAUCGUAAAGUCGGAUGUCUUACUGACUUUACAAGAUUUCUCAGCUCAUUGGAAAACAUCAGACGACAAAUCCUUGAGUACGACCAUACCCGCACUUACUGAAAUCAACUUGAAAAUCAAACCCAGGACCCUCACCACGAUAGUGGGCACCGUCGGUUCAGGGAAAUCUACGUUGCUCUUAGCUAUGAUGAGAGAACUGACACCUACCUCUGGCCACGUGGAUGUGUUCGGAGUGAUCGCGUAUGCCGCCCAAGAUUCUUGGUUGUUCGACGCUUCGGUGCGUCAAAAUAUCCUCUUCGGACAGGCGUUUGAAACGCAACGGUACAAAAAGGUGAUAGAAUGCUGUCAGCUGCAAAGUGAUUUAGAAAUUUUACCGCAUGGUGACAAAACUGUCGUCGGAGAGAGAGGUUCAUCGCUCUCUGGUGGUCAGCGGGCUCGUGUGUCAUUAGCACGCUGUGUGUAUCAACAUGCCGAUCUUUAUCUGCUGGAUGAUCCGCUAGCCGCAGUCGACGCUAAGGUAGCUCAAGCGAUAUACGAGAGUUGCGUGCGGGGUUUCCUCGAGGACAAAGCUGUCGUGUUGGUGACGCACCAAGUUCAGUACGCACGUUAUGCUGACAACGUGUGCGUUAUGCGUGCCGGCCAGAUUGUUACACAGGGCACUUACAAUGAACUAAAAGAAAGCGUUCCGCAGUUCGAGAAAUUGAUCGAGAUGGAUGACCAAGUGGAAAUUGACGAAGAGAAGUCAAAGAAAGUUGAGAAUUCUACCCAAGUCAAAGCACGUGUGCAGCGUACAGUUUCUGUAACAUCGAAAUCAUCAUUUGAUAUUAACGAUCUGGGUCCCGAAUAUGAAGGCGAAUUCCAAAACAAGGGGUCCGUUGAUGGCAGCGUCUAUUUUGAAUACGUGAAGAGUGGAGGCACUGCCUGGUCAAUCGUCUGGCUUGUCUCACUUUUCGUAUUCGCACAGAUCUUCUACUCAUCCACGGAUAUCUGGAUGAAGGAAUGGGUUAAUUUAGAAGAAUCGAACAAUGCCUUUUAUCGAAAUACGACUGAAAAAAAUGAAACCGAAAACGUCAUCCCUCCAAAUUUUGAUACAUUGGAGAAUCCGUCGAAUUAUUUGCAGUUGACCCGCGACCAAUGCAUCUACAUCUAUGCUGGCCUGAUAGCUGUUUGCAUCAUCUUCACCUGGAACAAGCUGAUUAUGUUCUACAACACCUGCAUUAAGGCCUCAAUUUCUUUGCACGAUACUAUGUUCAGGGGCGUCACCAAUGCACCGAUGUGGUUCUUCCACCACAAUCCUUCGGGUCGAAUUCUAAAUCGAUUCUCUAAGGAUAUGGGACAGGUGGACUCACUGCUACCAGUAACGUUAAUCGACUGCAUUGGGUUCUUUUUGGAACUCAUAUCGGUCCUCGUGGUAGUGUGCCUGGCGAACUGGUGGCUCCUGUUACCUACCACUGUGGUGGCGCUUCUGUUGUAUCUACUGCGAGAGUUAUUUCUCGGCACCAGUAGAGAGUUAAAACGUAUCGAGGCCAUUGCACGAAGUCAAAGCUUGAACCACGCAGCCGCAACAGUGUCUGGUCUGACCACAAUCCGCUCUUGUGGCAAUCGGCAGCUUACCCUCGCCCGAGAGUUUGACAAGCUCCAAGAUCUGCACAGCUGCGCCUGGACUUUAGUUCUCGAUUCUAACCAGGCGUUCGGUUUCUGGAUGGACAUUGUCUGCUGCCUAUACUUAGUCUUCGUUACAUUCAGCUUUUUUUUGUUCACUACUGAAGAGAAUCGUGGUGGUAACGUGGGGUUGGCUAUAACUCAGGCCAUCGGGCUAGUGGGUAUGUGUCAAUUCGGGAUGCGACAGACGGCCGAUGUAGAGAAUCAGAUGACGUCGGUGGAAAGAAUUUUGGAGUACAGCAACCUACCAUCGGAAAAACCGAUGGAAGGAAAUGAAAAAGCCUUGAAGGAGCAACAUUCUGAUUUGGAUUUCGAUAAAUGGCCCGCGAAAGGAAAAAUCGUAUUCGAAAACGUAUCUCUGGAGUAUGAGAAACCACCUAAAAAUGAGAACGAAAAAGAAGCCGACGAGAUAGAAGAGCCAGCGUACGCUAUUCGCGGAGUAAAUUUCAAAGUUCACCCCUCGGAAAAGGUUGCCGUGGUGGGCAGGACUGGGGCUGGAAAGAGCUCGCUCAUUGCUGCGCUUUUCAGGCUGGCUAAGGUGUCGGGUCGCAUCACGGUGGAUGGCGUGACCGCUGAGGAGGCGGGUCUGCAUGUUUGGCGCUCUAGGCUGUGCGCGCUGCCGCAGCGGCCGGCGCUCUUCGCGGCCACUCUGCGUGACAACCUCGACCCUGAAGGCCGCUACAGCGACGCCCAGAUUCACGACGCCCUGGAGCAGGUGGAAUUGCGGGAAGCGGUAUCGGCGCUGCCCGCGGGUCUGAUGACGAAGGUGGGCGAUGGGGGCGGGAACCUCUCCUCGGGGCAGCGGCAACUGGUGUGCCUCGCGAGGGCCGCGCUCGCCAACUGCGCCGUCCUGGUUCUAGAUGAGGCAACGGCCAAUGUCGACACAGAGACGGAUAAACAAAUACAGGCGACGAUAAGGAGCAAGUUCGCCAGCUCAACGGUGCUGACAAUCGCCCAUCGACUCAACACUGUCAUGGACUACGAUAGACUCAUCGUCAUGGACAAGGGCCGUGUAGUUGAGUCUGGACAUCCGUACGAGCUGUUGAGGUCGCUGACCCUGGAUGACGUUCAACUACGGGUCUCGAAUAAAAGUAAAGACAAAAUUGCAGAGAAACAAAGCAGUACCAUAGUUGAAAAUAGAACGAACGAAGGCUUGAACGUUGGUAUCUUCAAAGGCUUAGUGGAACAAACAGGACCAGAAACAUCUGCUUUGUUAUACAAAAUGGCGGAGGAGAGCUAUCACAAACAAAAAGGUAUAGCAAAACGACAUAAAGGAAUAUCAAGAGAUAAAGCAGAUGAAAAACUAUCU